GGGCUGGCGGUCACGACUCUGCUCCACACCUCCGGGCUUCACACGGAGGGGAGGAGGAUUGGGGAAAACACAGAAGCAGGCACACAACUGACCUACAGAGCCAUCGAUAACUUAUUUCCCUCGCAGCAGAAUUGCAUAGGGGAGGGGAGGAAGGAAGGAGGGAGAGGAGAAAGAGGGGGAGGAGAAGGGAAAAAGGAAAAUCCAGAGGAUUCUAGUCUUGCAAAUGUAAAGAAACCGAGCAGUCGGAGUUCAUUUGCUCUAGAAGAGCAGAGAAGAAAGAGGAUAUUAAAUGAAAAAAGGCAAGAAAGGUCUGUAGCUUUUUUCCUGAUAGUAGCAGUGGUUUAGAGGUAAAAUGAUUCCUCCAAGCAGCACGGCUGAAGUCAGCGUGGAUAGUGUGGAGAAAGAGAAUGAAGUGGAGAGCACAGAGCAGCCCCCCUCUCCAGCAUCAACUACCAGCCAGGAAUCAAAGCUGCAGAAACUGAAACGAUCACUCUCCUUCAAGACCAAAAGCUUGCGGAGUAAAAGUGCAGACAAUUUCUUCCAGAGGACUAAUAGCGAUGUGAAACUGCAAGUAGACUUGAUGCCUGAGGUGAGCACAAGCACUGGGCAGCUCCCCAGCUCAGAGAGCCAGGCAUCCUCCCCCACCAGGGCCCAGCAGCUGCCAGAAAAUAGCAAGGCUCACAUCUUCCAGGAGCACAUCUUCAAAAAACCCACCUUCUGUGAUGUCUGCAACCACAUGAUUGUUGGGACAAACGCUAAGCACGGACUGCGCUGUAAGGCUUGUAAGAUGAGCAUCCACCACAAGUGUGUAGACAGCAUUGGACAACAGCGUUGCAUGGGCAAGCUGCCAAAGGGAUUUCGACGGUACUACAGCUCACCACUACUCAUUCAUGAACAGUUUGGCUGCAUCAAAGAAGUGAUGCCUAUUGCCUGUGGAAAUAAGGUUGACCCUGUGUAUGAAACUCUCCGCUUUGGGACUUCCUUAGCUCAGAAAACCAAAAAAGGCAGCUCUGGAAGUGGGUCUGACUCUCCCAACAGAAACUCAACAGCUGACCUGGCAGAAGUUCCUGAGGAAGGCGAUAGCUCUGCAGGCACCCUUGGCACAAGCAGGAAACGCAGCAACAGUGUGUUUACAUACUCCGAAAACGGCACGGAACACUUUGGAGAGGAACCAAAAAGUAUACAUUCCCCGGGACCAUUUUAUAAAAGCACGUUACAAAUGAACACCUAUGUUGCCUUGUACAAAUUUGUACCACAAGAAAACGAAGACUUGGAGAUGAGGCCAGGGGACAUGAUCACACUUCUGGAAGACUCCAAUGAAGACUGGUGGAAGGGGAAAAUUGAUGACAGAACUGGAUUUUUUCCUGCUAACUUUGUUCAAAGAGUGCAACAGGAUGAGAAGAUUUAUCGGUGUAUCAGGACAUUCAUUGGCUGCAAGGAACAGGGACAGAUAACCCUGAAAGAGAACCAGAUUUGUGUGACUUCUGAAAAGGAACACGAUGGCUUUAUCAAAGUAUACAGCGGGAAGAAGAAAGGCUUUGUCCCCAUAGAUGUCUUAGAAAACAUCUGAUUUCAACAGCCUGCUUGCUGCAGUAGGAGCCCUUUGUUGGCAAUGCCUAUCUGCCUCAUCUCACACUGUGUCAACCCAGAUGGGCUGUCUUGCAGAUGUUCAGGGAAACAGUGAGAAAACUGCAACUACAAGAAGAAAAAGACAUUUAGACUGCCACAGCAACAAUAAGAAAUAAGAAAAGUGGAACGAUUGAAAGGAAUAUAGUCAGAAAACACUAGGGAAAUGAGAGGUCCUUGCAUACUAACAGGAAUAAGGUAAGGAAAAAAAGGUCUGGCUGAUUUCUGGUGCAAGAUGGCUGUUACGAACCUGAUGGAGACAGACAGCUUGUUCUGAAGGACUAAAUUCACGUCCUGUUCUUGUGUCUUAGAAAACUGUUGGACUGCUUUCUUGUUUGAAGUGUGUAUUUAGGGGGGAGGGGGGAAACUACCAUUCAAACUGUCCUCGUACUACAGUCCAAUGCUUGUAGUAAAGUGUGGCUGUGGUUCUACAGUUUUGUCCCCAGUAUCAACCGAUCAGUUUAAGCGUUUAAUCCUGGUGUUUAGUCUCAUAACAAAGCAGUUUGGAGACACCAUGUGAACGUCAGUCCGAGAAAUGCACUGUGCCCUGGAAGUUGGCAGCUUUGUCUUUCUGUGCAAUCUUCCCAUGUGAAGGAGUAGCGAACUUGUGUGUCCUUUGUUUUCUCUGUAUACGAACAAAAGCUCUCAGCCUACAUUGGGUGUGAUGGCUGCUCUCAUAGCUCACAAAAAUAGCCAGUCCUCUGAUUCACAAGCCUGCUUGGAAGCGUCCCUCUGUGUUUCCUGCACCUUUAUCUGGUGAUACAGAAAAUAGGAGAAAUGCUGGGAGAGAGCCACCGGCUUGAAACCUUUUAUAUUUUUCUGUGUUUAUUGCACUUAAAAGAUUUUAUAUAUUAAUCUUAUUUAUAAAAAAUAAAACAGUUAACUAACCCCCUGGAAGACCGAAAAUGCUAGGAAAGGACAGACUGCACAUAGAGGUGAAGUCUGCAAUUAUUGAAAUCCAGAACUCGUGACAGAAAGGCACUGAGUGUCUUAGCAUUGUGUUCACAGACCAAAGGCCUCUUCUUAAUUUGCUAAACAGAAGUUUUGCAGAUUCAGCAGUAAGUACACUGACAUGAAUUCCUCUUUGGCAUAAACCACUGACAGCAUCCCAUAAAUAUUCUCCAUCCCAGUGGAACUGUGCGGACAGGUCUGUUUUGUCCAUAUAAGCCUUCAUCUUCAAAUAUGUUUUGGGCAUAUGAUCCUUUCGGUACCUGGAGAGCAGUCUGUGGGACCUGUGGAUCUCAACCAAAUUAAACAUGUCAGCCAGUGCCAAUCCUGUUGUAGAGGAGAAGCCUUAUGAUGUUUAAAGAUAGGGAACCUAAUUUCCAAGUAUUUAAUUGGAUGUAAUUGCACCAAAUACACUUAAACAGCUUAGCAUGUAUUUUGACGUAGAGAUUAAGUCCUAUCCCAAAGCCCCCUGCUGAAUUCAUGCCUUAUUUGACAGCUUCAGACUGAAUGCCACUCUUUACUGCAGUUAACCCCAAACUGAUGCCCUAAAUCCUGAUAGGUUAAUAUAGGCCUUUGCAAAGUUGACGCUAUUUCUAAAAACGAGCUGCCAGGUCUGCUUUGAUAUACUGAGGAAUUUUGAAUCUGUGUGGCACAGUCCAGGUCUCAUAGUUGGGUUGCCCUAUUUGAAUAGCUGAUCUUACACAAAGCCUUAUGAAAUCCAGUGCAACUCUACACGUGACCAGAAGUUCACAGAGCAAAUCAGUCUCCAACCUCUGAGAGACGCAUUUUGCAGCACUUACGUAUCACUUAAUUGCAGAGGAGGAAGUUGCAGAGGUGCCAGCUGCUGAAAUGUGCUCCUUUGUAACGUAAGUGGUCUAUACCAAUUAUUAAUGUCCUCCUGGCUGAUCAAAAGUAUCUGAUUUCAUAUCUUCUGUGGGAAUAUCAGCAAUUUAUAAAUUGAGGUUUUUUCGGUUCAAACAAUGAACACUUGCUCAGCUCAUUUUCCGAAGUAACCAACAAACUCAGUGGGAGGACAGAGGAGCCUGAUAAGCCUUAAGGAUCAAGAGGAAAAGCAGUAGAGACAAUUAAUCCAGUCUGCUUUAUAAGAUUAUUUUUUAUAUAUAUUCACCUGUUCAAAGGAAAAACUCACGUGUUUGUUGGAAUUAAAAUAUUUGCUACUUUUGAUCAGGCCUAUCAAGUGGGCAAAGGAAAUCUGUAUUUAUCUAUACAUAUGUGCUGUUGUUUACAUGAUUGUAUCAUACUGUGAUUCCCUCCAAUUUCAGUCUCCUAUGAUUUCAUUUUAUCCCUACAAUGUGCAUCAUACUAUUCAAAGAAUUAUACAAAUAUUACCUACAACUCACAAUGGCCUUUAAUCAAUGUCGGUUUGAUUCCUUUUUGAUACUGAGCAAUAAAUAAUAAAGUGACUGAGUAAAAACAAAACAGACCUUAUGUGGACUGUAUUACAUCUGAGAAAUCAUUGCUUCUAAACCAAAGCUUUCAUGGUUAUAUUUUCUUUUUUUCUUUUCUUUUUGUUUUGUUUAUUUUGUUUAUCUUUUUACUGGGCUUUUGCUGCUGUUUGAUACGGAGACAUAAUUUAUGCCUAAUUUAGCAAGAAGCUCAUAUAUGAGUUUCUGCUCAAGUUUAAGCAUGUGAUUCCUUGGCUAUUUGCAUGCUUAAAGCUGAGGAAAUCUGCUGGAUUAAGGUCACUUUCCUCAAAUUUCUUUUGGAUGCCUUACUCUGAAUCCAGAUGAGCAUCCCAUCAUUUUUUUUCCUACCAUAUGCAUUUCGCAAUAGAUACUGCAUUAGCAAGCAGUUAAAAGUCAAACAGAAGAUGGAAUGGACUUUGUCUGGCAUAUGCUUGGAAAAAUUGAAUUUUAGGAGAUAAAGGCUGUUCAGGUUUAAUUUAAUAUUCUGCUUAAUAAAGACUAUGCGAUGGUUGGA